UGUAUGUCAGAGCUCCUCAAGAAGCCAGACGACAACAAGAAGCCCACGAGACAUCACAGACCGCGGGAGGCUCGUUUGGCUGCGUUUGAAGGUACGUGCACGGAUUUACCGGAGGCGGCGGGUCGGUGUGGCGGCGACGUUAGGACCGGGAACGUUAGCGUGCUUCUUUUCCCCCUUCCUACCAGCUGUUUAUUGUCGGACAGCAGCUUCACCGGAGCAGCCUGACAAAGAUUCACUGAAGCUCUACCAUGCCUGUGGCCUCCACCAGGACAGAACCUGUUCCCCAGGUGUUGGACGCCAUGAGCGACAGCACCACCAGCACCACCACUGCCAAUGACCUGGACCUCAUCUACCUCAAAGGCAUCAUGGAGAGCCCUCUGGAGCAAGAGGAGAGCCUGAAGGAGCCGCGACUGUCGCCGGUGAGGGAGAACAAUGUGGAGCUCCUGCAGGAGAUCCUUAGAGACCUGGACCCGUUCACACAUCGCUCUGACACUGCUGCUGAGCUCUCCCGCAUACUCACACAGCCUCACUUCCAGUCUCUGCUGGAGACUCAUGAUUCCGUGGCGUCCCAGGCGUGUGACAGCGCUCCGCCCAGCCCGUGUGAUUUCGUGGAUCAUGAACCAGAUGAGAGCCACACACACAACCUGCAGCUGCCGCCGGACGCAAUCCGCAUGGUGGGAAUACGCAAAGUGGCAGGAGAGCAUCUGGGUGUGACGUUUAAGGUGGAUGGUGGAGAGCUGGUCAUAGCCCGCAUCCUCCACGGUGGAAUGAUCGACCAACAAGGACUGCUGCACGUCGGAGAUAUCAUCAAAGAGGUGAACGGACGGGAGGUGGGCCGGGACCCCAGAGUGCUGCAGGAGGAGCUGCAGGCAGCCAGUGGAAGUGUCGUUCUGAAGAUACUGCCCAGCUACCAUGAAGCCAUUCCUCCCAGACAGGUGUUCUUUAAGUGUCACUAUGACUACGACCCAGCCAAUGACAACCUGAUUCCCUGUAAGGAGGCGGGAUUAAGGUUUGAGACGGGAGACAUCCUGCAGAUAGUCAACCAGGACGACGUCAACUGGUGGCAGGCCCGUCAUGUGGAGGGCGGGAGUGCUGGGCUGAUCCCCAGUCAGAUGCUGGAGGAGAAAAGAAAAGCUUUUGUGAAGAGAGACGUGGAGUUGGCACCUGCAGGGAAUCUUUGUACUGGUGUUGGAGGGAAGAAGAAGAAGAAGAUGAUGUAUGUGACCACCAAAAAUGCAGAGUUUGACAGACAUGAGAUAUUGCUCUACGAGGAGGUGGCCAAGGUCCCACCUUUCAAGAGGAAAACUCUGAUUUUGAUCGGUGCCCAGGGCGUGGGGCGGCGGAGAUUGAAAACCAAACUUCUACUGAGGGAUCCACAGCUCUUCGGCACCACCAUUCCAUACACCUCCAGAAAACCCAAAAAAGGUGAACGUGAAAGUCGGAUGUACGCUUUCACCAGCCGCAGCAAGAUGGAGACCGACAUCAAGAACGGACGCUACCUGGAACACGGAGAAUACGACGGCAGCCUUUAUGGGCUGAAGAUCGACUCCAUUCAUGAGGUGGUGGAGGCAGGACGGGUCUGCAUUCUGGACGCCAACCCUCAGUCUCUCAAAGUGCUGCGGACGUCCGAGUUCUUGCCCUACGUGGUGUUCCUUCAGUCUCCAGAUUUUGAAGUGCUCAAGGCGAUGAACCAGUCAGCUGUAGAAGCAGGGGUGGUCCCUAAGACACUGACGGAUGAGGAACUGCAGAAAACGUGUGACGAGAGCGCUAAAAUCCAGGCGGCCUACGGUCACUACUUUGACCUCAGCAUCAUCAACGACAACCUGGAUGAGACGUACCGCACCGUCAAAGCUGCACUGGAAACCGUUUCUAAAAACCCCCAGUGGGUCCCCGUCACCUGGGUGUUCUAGUGAGAGGCAGUGGAGGCUGCAGGAGAGAGAGAACGUAAGGAAAGAAAAGGACAACUGAAAACGGCCUCUGUGUGAAUAAUGGAUACUCUUAUUGAGACUGUCAUGAGUUUUCACAAGCACUAUAUCUGAAUUUGGCAGUAGCUUAGCAUCGUUAAAAUCAUUUCUAGCUAAAGUAGCAACUUGUCAGGAUGAAUUACAAGAUAUUCCCUUGAAAAGAAAAGAAAGAAGGCAUCCAUUAUUUAAACAGGAUUCACUUUUUCAGUGCUGGACAGAAGGAAUAAAAAGCAGGAAUGAAUAGUCCUGAGAGGUGUGUGUGUGUGUGUGUGUGUGCGUGUGCGUGUGCGUGUGCGUGUGCGUGUGCGUGUGCGUGUGCGUGUGCGUGUGCGUGUGCGUGUGCGUGCGUGCGUGCGUGCGUGCGUGCGUGCGUGCGUGCGUGCGUGCGUGCACAGUCACUUUGUGGGGAAUCAACAACCUUUUGGGACAAAAAGCAAGAUGUUACAGGGGAAAUCCUGAAAUGUUCCUGUGCAGAUCUGGUUUAGGUUUUGGGUAAAUCUCCAAGACUGAAUGUUGGUCUUUGCGGUGUCCUCUCAAUGUGACUGUGUGUGUGGGAGUGUGUGUCCGUUUACACAAGGACAUUAGUGCGGAGUCUUUUGUACGUUUUUUUUUAAUUAUUUGUGCCAUUACUGAUGAUCAUCAGCAGACUUUGUCAUUGUUUACAUUUCACCAGCUACAUCAGCACUCAUGGUCACCCUACGACUGGUAGUACAGUUUACCAUUUGAAGGAACAAACAGAUGUUUAAAAGCUGCUCAUUUGUUUGUAUGAUGGUCCAAAAGCCUAAAGCAAGACAUUUAAAACAUUGUAAAAUUAAUUAUUGUCAUUAAUUGAUUCACAAUCUGUUAAUAUAGUUAAAUUUUUAGGACUAGCUUCAACACAGACAUCAUAUUAAACGCAGUAAAUCCAUCUAAUGCAGCAAUCCGUUGCACUGUAAAGCGCAAUAGCACACAUUUUAGCGUGUUAAAUCCGGCAACCUGACAAACUAAGCGUGAUCAAGUGCCAACACCGACAAACAGACCUCAUCGUCCGUGCGUUUUGUGCCACUUUUCUAAGUCUAGUAAUGGUUUAAUGUACUCACACUCUCAGACAGUUGAAGAACACACCAAAAUAUACAGGAGAUGAGGAGACAGAGAGCUCAACAAUAUGCACAAUAAUCUGAUAUUAAGGGAAAGAAAAUGCGACAUCUAGAACCAUCUUGGGGGCCCAGUGGAGAAAAGCAUAUAUGCAAACACAGUCCUCCCAUCUAACAUGCAGGCUGCACUGAAAGAUCAGAAUAAUACCAUUAUUAUUAUUAACAGUGUCAGUUUAUUUUAAACUGAUGUCUUUUGUUGUGGUGCUAGCAAGCUUAAUACUUAUUUUGUUUAAUCUAGCAGCUGGCUAACUUCAUCGCCCACAUCCAGCUCCAUUUAUCUGAUGCUAAUGUGACAGUGAUUAGCUGACUCAGAAGUAGCUCUGUUGAUAAUUAACGUGAUAAUACGAUUAAUUGUCUGUAAUAAUUUAGCCAAAGCUGAAGGGCAUGCAUGUCAGAGCAUGUUUUGUUCAUUACGUGAAGUACCUGGUUGCUCCACCAGGUGGAGUCUCUGUCUGUUCAGUAGGACGGAAGCUUGUUUGCUAAAGCGACUCAAUCGAACUUGGUGCAGUUUUGUGUUGGUAAACAGAGAGAAUUGCUGAGGUUUAGCUACCAAUGUUCCACCAUGGCACAGUCUUCUGUGAAAGUUACUGGUUACCCAUGAGAGCUAACUUACUAAAGACGUACAGUAGUACUACUAGUGCUGUUUCAGCCACCGGACAUGUGAAAUGAAGCCACGGUAAUGGAAAAUAUUGUGUUUAUUGUUAAAAUGGCUUUGUCACGUGGAAUAUUGUUUGCGGUGCUCACUUCAUGUUAUUGAUUGCCUGGAAAAUCCAGACUGACUUUAUUUAUGUGUUAAUAUAAAUACAAAUAAAGGCAGUCUGGCAUUGCGAUGAUACGAGACGAUUUCAAAAAGGAGGGGCUAACGAAUGCAGCUUGAACGAGAAAGAACCAAUCAGCGUAACACGGAUGUGACGCACAAACAAAUCGACCUUGAAGUCCAUGUAGUCCAAACAACAAUGGCAUGCAGCCGAGAAAGCGUCGCGGUGAGUGAUUACUGCCGUUUUUGUCACAAAAAUCUGUGAAUACAUGGGGUACAACACUUAUUUUUGAAAAGGCUACGCAACAGAAGACUCCUUCCGAACGAUUAGCGGUGUUAGGAAUAACUUUGUUAAUGUUUGUGUUUGGUCACGGGAGGUGCGCAGGUGUUUCAUGGGUAAUCCAGGCGCUGAAGAUGAUGCAGCAUUAACUCCCGCCUUCCGUGCUAUGAUUGGUCGUACCAAACUUUCCCAGGAGGGAAACGCGAUUCAAUUCGCCCAAUGCCAAACUGAUUCUCCUGUAUCUCCUAACAUGGAGAUAGGAGAUUACAUGGAGAUUCAGUUUGGAUUUUCCAAGCUGUUAUUGACUUUCAGUAACCUUGCUACUGGUUAAGAAAAUUGUUGAAAAUAUGCAUCUUUAGUCAAAAACUUGUCUUUCUCUAGACUCACAGAAUUUGUGACACAUCCAUCCAUCGAUCUAUCUAUCUGAGCGUCACAAACCUUCUGAAAUUUCAAAAUUAUGAUAAUUUCGUUCAUUCUGUCCGAUAACAUUUGGAAUGUCUGGAACAGCAGUGUGAUCAUUAAGUUUUGUGAAUGCACUGAGCCAGAGGCGUCAGCUGACUAUCAUGUGUGCAUCUUAGCACAAUGCUCUCUAUUAAAUACCACAUUCAGUACUAUAUACAGUCCCUACAGGAGCUUGUGGGCUUUUUCCAGAUUGUUGCAUCCCUAAAAUGCCUGAAUUAUUUGCAGCUUUUCAAAAAAAUUGCGAUUUUACGCGUAUUUGUUGCGAUGAAAUUGCGGGAUACGGUGACAGUUGAAGUUUCAUUUUAUUCAGUUUUUAGAACAUGUUUCAACAUUUUAUCCAAAGUAGUUUAAAUCAAUCCACUGGACUUUAAGAAAGUUCCUUGAAGACGUUUCACCUCUCAUCCAAGAGGCUUCUUCAGUUCUGGUGGUGGUUGGUGUUGCCUCAGCUUUUAAACCCCUGAGAGGUGUGUCCAGGGCUAUUAUUCCAACGACCGAUACUAUUAGCAUGCUAAUGACCACCAUUAGCACACGAGGGCUCAGUGACAUCUGUGCAUUUCAACGACCCCCACCGAUACUCCCAAUGACUAUCGUUGAGUAGUCAGAUGAGUUUUGGUAUUGGUCGUUGGAAUAAUAUCCCUGAACACACCUCACAGAGGUUUAAAAGCUGAGGCAACACCAACCACCACCAGAACUGAAGAAGCCUCUUGGAUGAGAGGUGAAACGUCUUCAAGGAACUUUCUUAAAGUCCAGUGGAUUGAUUUAAACUACUUUGGACAACCAUGACCUGGAUGAAUGAGAACCUACACAGACAUCUUUCAACAUUUUAAUUGACGAAAUUUAUUCCUAAACUAAUUCUUUAACCCAUUUACACCAGCUGGCACACCAUGGUGGGAAACCAGCAGCAGCCAGAUCCUGGUUUAACAUGAAGUGGUUGGUAGAUUUAAGGCACUAAAUGAUCAUUUACUAUUGAAUGAAUCCUAUUUGGACAUAUCUGUCAGUGGCUUAAAAAGUUACUUUCACAUCUUGGCACACACGUGUUAACACACACUUUCGCAGCUUGUCACAUCAGUUAAUUAAUCUAACUUCCCUUCAUUCUUUGAGAGCUCCAACAGAUCUGGAUCAACAGCUUCCAUCACGGUAAUCUGUCUGGUCUGUGGUCUGCUCAUUUCAGCCGUUCUCCUGCUACGUUUGGCGGUAGAAAAGUGUUUGUCAGUCGAUGAUUUUUGUUGUAUUCCACCAUAAUAUUUCACAGAUGUGAAACGGUUUACCUCCACUUUGGUGUAGAGCAUCAGGGAAUUGUUUUUCACCGUCUUUAGCAAAGAGUCGGACAUGUCUGCAUCUUCAAAUAAUAAGGAAGUGAAUCCAGUGAUAUACGUGCAUUUAUGUAGCUGCUCAGAUUAAGUGAAUGCAAAUAAGUUGGGUGCGUCUGUUGGAAAAACAUAGUCUCCAGUCAGGCGCUGAUCAUCAACAGAAAUGUUUCAACCCCUGAUGACCCCCAGUAUGGUUUAAAGAUGAAGCAUUACACAGUUUAACAGCCAUGAAGAAUCAAAGACAUUCAGUCACACGCUCUGCGAUUCAUCUCAUAACAACUGGUAAUUGUGUUUCAUGCACAUACCCUCAAUUUGCACUUUUCAUUUUGUACCAUUUCUGAUUUCAUGUAUUUAUUAGCUCGCUUGUAAACAGUUUGUAGAUAUCAUGUAGAUACACGAUGAUAUAAUGGAUACAGUAGGUAUGAGGAUCCUGCCUGGUGUUUGCAGUAUGUGACACUUCAGCGACGUCGUUCAGGAUGUCUUUAGUAAAAACGAGUAUACGGCGGCCUGGGAGGGAAUCACAGCAACUUCAAAACACACGUAUAACCGUUUAAAUCUGAGCUUUUCUUCUUUUUUUUCUUCUGGCAUGUUGUCUUGUGCUCUCCUGGGCCGCCGUACGUUGUCCACGGUGCCGGCUGCAGAACGCUCCUUGAGCAGAUUGUUUGUACUCUGUUUUUUUGUGGCAGCUACUGAAUCCUUUUGAUGCGAUAAACUGGUGUUUGUCAAACAGGAGUACUGACGAAUAACCGACACCAGGGCGCAUUGGGGGAGAGAUUUUUAGUCACUCGGUCUUUGUAAAAUGAUAUUUAUAUUUGUGCUCUGGUUUUUAAAAGUGGCUUGAAAAUAGCAAACAUCUGUGUGGCAGCUAUUCAUUCGGAGUGCUGGGGUAAAGCCUACCAUCAUUGCUCUCUCGAGGACAUUCCAGAAACUCACUGUGUCCUUUUUCUAUGAAAUCGCAUGAAUGCAAUAAGACAGUCUUUGUGUCUGUAUCUUUACUGAUUCACAUACACUUUAGUAAAUCCGCAGUAACUCUACAGUUAAUUAGCUUUUCAUACUGUUUCUAACUUUCAUUGUUCACUAAGAAAUGCGUGUUUAAGUGAAAUAGAAAGCUGCUUGAAGUACUGAUUUAUGCACCGGCUGUAUGCUUACAGUUUAUCUUCUAAUUCUGUACCGUUGAAGGGUUGAAAUAACAACAUAGUGUGUGUUUAACGUAUACUGAAACAUUCCAUAUACUGGGUUUGGGUUCAGAAGGACAUAACUAGACAUUGUUAAGGUUAUUCCCAGAGUUGAAGAAGCUCCCGUCAGAGCAGCAGAUUUAGCAGUGCAGCCCAUAAAAUGACUUGCAUAGUGGUUCUUUAAAGUGACUGCAUUAGUACAGAUGUGUUAUUUUCAUUCAAAAUCAACGGCGCUGUUGAUCUAAGAAGAAAGAAGUGUGCUGCGCUCACGGUUUCUGCAGCUUUUCCUCAAAUCUCUGCAGUGAAAGUGGACGGUGGGCGGAGCUUGUAGUUUUAUCGUCGGCCUGCCAUGAACGAUGCUUCUGUCUGUACAAAAUAAAUUAUUGAUUUGAUUGAAA